AUGUCGGACUCUCUGCAAGUGCCUGACCCCGCCAGGCUACAGUUCCACCUUCCAGGUGGACAGAAGCAGACCAGAUUCGCUCCUCUCCCACCGAGACCAGCAGCAGCAGCAGCUGGUCGGCACUCCUUUAUCAAUGCCAGGAGCUCGUGGAUGCGAAGGAGCCAACGCUUCCAACCUCUUGGACUUGAACCACCACCAUCGAACCGCUUCUCUCGCCUCCCGCGGCUCAGCAGGUUAUCAUACUACCCCGUCGCCAACGAGUACAUUGAAGGCGUCUUCAACGAGAAGACGGCCCUCCCACCACGAUGGUCCUUUUACGUACCCGACUUUGACUUUGAUGUCAAAGACUUUGAAAAGUAUGAAAAACAGCCCGAGAAUGAGGACGGCGAGGAGGGCCCACCAACUGCAUUGAAGGCCUUCCGCGUGGACUUUUGGGACGGCGACCCGGACGACCCAAAGAACUGGUCGACGGCUUACCGGGUGCUCGUCGUCGCCAUGUUUGCCCUGACGACGUUGGCGACGGGUAUCUACUCGACCGCCUACUCCAGUGGUAUCACCCAGAUGAGCCAAGAGCUCAACGUCACCAACCCUUCGCUACCUCUGCUUGGUAUCUCUCUCUACCUAGUCGGCCUCGCUCUGGGUGCCCUCAUCAUGGCGCCGUUGAGCGAGACAUUUGGCCGGAGGCCAAUGUACAUUGGCGGCCUGACCGCAUUCUUGGGGCUGAUCCCCCUCGCCGCGCUCGCGACCAACUUUACCAUGGUGAUUGUGGCACGUUUUUUAGGUGCUGUUGCCGGAAGUGUCAUGCUUUCUAACGUGGGUGGAUCGAUAAUGGACAUCACCAACCCCAAAUACUUACCGCUGGCAAUGUCAGUGUACUCAUUUGGACCCCUCAACGGUCCCGUUCUCGGGCCUCUCAUGGGUGGAUUUCUCGUCGAAGCAUUUGGCUGGAGAUCGCUCAACUGGAUGUCAUUGAUCUCCACCGCCGUCGGAGCUCUGUUCAUCAUGACUGUCCCAGAAACGUACCGGCCAACGCUCCUCAGGAAGAAAGCAGCCAACAAGCGACAAGAAGAGGGAGACCACCGAUACUGGUCCGACUUUGACGACACCGUCCCCAUCUUCCGCAGAAUCAGGACGGCCGUGUCCCGUCCCUUUAUCCUCUCCUUCACCGAGCCCGUGCUCAUGUUCUGGAACAUGUACAUUUCCGUCAUUUACGCCAUCGUCCAGCUAGCCUACGUCGCCUUCCCCAUCGUCUACACGAACGAACGCGGUUGGAGCGUGGCCAUUUCCGGCCUCGCCUUCCUCGGCGUCUUUGUCGGCAUCGCCCUCGUCCUCGCCACGGAGCCGCUCCUCAGGAAGCUGGUCAACCGCCAACCAAAGAAUCCGGACACCGGCCAGCAGGAGCCCGAGGCGGUCGUCCUCCUCAUCUGCAUCGGCGCGGUCCUGGAGCCCGUCGGCCAGCUCGCGUUCGCGCUGACGUCCCUGCCAGUUGACAUACCCUUUUACUGGAGCGUCCUGUCCGGCGUCCCCUUUGGCUACGGCUUCGGCCUCGUCUUCAUCUACGGCACCAGUUACAUUUCAAAGGUGUUUGGCAUGUACGCCACCUCCGCGUCGGCCGGCAACCUCGUCUUCCGGUCCAUCUUGGGCGCCGUGUUGGUGCUUGUCGGCAAGAGCAUGUAUGCCGCUCUGACACCGCGCAUUGCGGGCAUUACGGUCGGUGUCGCCGAGGUUGUGCUCAUGCCGGUCCCCUUUAUCUUUUACAAGUGGGGUAAAAAGAUUCGGCAGAGGAGCAAACUUAUUCAAACAUUGGAGGAGCAAGCGAAGAAGAUGUCAUGA